AUGUCAUCGACAUCCCCGAACAUUGUGCCAAUGGCGAAACCCACGUGGCUGCAGAUGCCGCCUCGCUACAUCCUGGCCAGUCUCCUAACAGCAAUGGGUGAUUUCUUACUUGGAGUUGACACCAGUAUCAUCGGACCAGUCACCGUCAUGCCCAGCUACAUCGAUUACUUUGGCUCACACUCUGCCAUCGUGCAUGGCAUCAUUGUCUCGUCGAUUUUGCUGUCGGCCUCAUUCAUGAGCUUUAUUGCCGGUCGGCCCGCCGACGUGAUGGGCAGGCCACUGGCAAUUGCGCUUGGAGCGGCCAUUCUCGGUGCAGGUGCCGCGUUGGAGGCCGGUGCUGUCAGACUGGCCAUGUUCAUGGUAGGUCGGAUUGUUGAGGGGAUGGGGUUUGGGUUGUACUUUGGGACCUUGACUGUAUAUGUCUGUGAGAUCGCGCCGCCGAGUGUCCGAGGUCCCCUGACGACGGGUCCGCAGUUCAUGAUUUGCCUUGGUCUCGUGGCGGGAUACUUUACUUGCUAUGGCACUGCAAAGAUAGAGGGGUCAAUGUCCUGGCGCUUGCCGUUUAUCAUUCUGGUCUGUUUGGCUGCAGCAUUUGUCACUUCAGUUUUGCUCUACCUUCCACCCUCGCCCCGAUGGUUACAGCUCCAUGGCAGGGGAGAGGAAGCGCAUGCAGCGUGGGAGGCUCUCGGAGUCAAGGUAGAAGACCGUCCGGGAAUAGAGGAAGUGCUUGAAGGGGUGGCGAAUUCUGGAGACGGCUCGCCGUCCUCGCUGUCGCCCACACGCGCGGUUAUAGAGCAGCCUAAGACCGAAGGUAGCCUUUUCGACUUGUUCAAGCGAGAUGUACGUGGCCGAACUAUGUUGGCGAUAUUCCUCAUGGGCUUCCUCCAGCUCAGCGGGAUUGACGCUGUCUUAUAUGCAACCGGUCUUUCCAGCACUGAAGCCUCAUUCUUUGCAUCCGGCAUCUCCGGCAUUGUUCUCGUUGUGGUUUUGGUCCCUGCCCUUCUCUUCGCCGACAAAUGGGGCCGACGCAGUAGCACCAUCAUCGGUGGAAUCGGUCUCACUACGACAAUCCUUCUCAUUGGCCCCCUGUAUGCGAGCAAUGCCGUGAAUCCAAGCCAUGGAGCCGCGCGCUGGAUUGUGAUUGUCUGUAUCUAUUUCUAUGCAGUAUUCUUCGCCUCCACCUGGGCAGUCAAUAUCAAAGUAUUUGCGCCCGAGAUCCAACCACAGCACACCCGUGCAAAAGCAACGGCUCUAGCCCAUGGCUUCAACUGGGUCUGCAACUGGUUUGUGGCUUUUAUUUGCCCAAUUCUUCUGGAGAAGACUAGGUUUGGAGCCUACUUCCUCUUUGAUGGAUGUUGUGCGUUGACCACCGUGGUGUGUUUUUUGUUCAUGGUUGAGGCUAGGGGGAAGAGUUUGGAUGAAAUUGAGAGGGCUUUUAUGCGGAGUGUUGUGGAUGAGGAGGAAAGCAAAGGUCUCUUUUGGUAUCUACGGAAGGUGAAGGCGAUGAAAGUACAGUGA